UAUGGACGGUGUGUCAUGGCGGCGGCUCUGAGCGGGAUGUUUACAAACCAGCCGCCGGGAGCACCUCCCCCUCCGCUCCCUCCUGGCGGCCCCGGCCAGGCCGGCCUCCUCCCGGCCGCCGCGGGACCGCGCAACCCCAACAGCACGCUGGUGGACGAGCUAGAAGCGUCCUUUGAGGCUUGCUUUGCUUCACUUGUGAGUCAGGAUUAUGUGAAUGGCACAGAUCAGGAAGAAAUUAGAACUGGUGUUGAUCAAUGUAUCCAGAAAUUUCUGGAUGUUGCGAGACAAACUGAAUGUUUUUUCCUACAAAAAAGAUUACAUCUGUCUGUCCAGAAACCAGAGUUAGUUAUUAAAGAGGAUGUUUCAGAAUUGAAAAAUGAAUUGCAGAGGAAAGAAGCACUAAUUCAGAAGCAUUUGGGUAAACUGCGUCACUGGCAGCAGGUUCUAGAAGACAUGAAUGUACAACACAAAAAACCUGCAGAAAUGCCUCAAGGACCGUUAGCUUAUCUAGAACAGGCUUCUGCAAAUAUUCCUGCACCCAUGAAGCAAACAUGAUUAAGAUAGAUAUUUGAAUUUAGAUCUUUUAGUAUAUUAACUUAAAGUGAAAUAUAAUAUUGAUCUUUCUACCUUGUAUAUGUGAUGUAAUUUGUAAUAUAAAAAUAAAUAGUGUUUUAUACUACGACAGUGGGACACAACUAAGCAUAACAUAAAUGGGGCAGAAUCUGUAGUUUAAUUUUUAUCAAAGUAUGGAUUGUUUUUACAUUCAAACUGAACAAAUGCUCAUGUACGUCUUGUAUUGUAGUCAGAAUACAUUUGCAUAGAAUAUGCUAAAAAUCCAUCCUAUUACUUGGGAAACUGACAGAGAAGUCUUAAUAUAGCUAAAGUCCAGUUAAGGCACUAAUGAUACAGAAGUACUUGCAGAGUUUAUUUGUUCAUCUCAAGUGUAGCCUUAUAUACAGUUUUCAUUGUGAGUGUUUCUAAUCAUGUAGCAUCCUAUGAUUCUGAAGAAAUAGUGCAGACUUCUUAUUGCUGAAACUGAUUGGUCAAAUAAAUCAAAGCAAGGAAUUUC